GAAUUCCUUUUCGGGUUGAUUGAAUUUUCCCCCCCUCCGCCAACCGAUUGCGCUCUUCGUCUCCGCCCAAAUUGAGUUUUAAGUUCCUAAUUGUUUUUUCUCCGGUGGAAAUCUCUCAGAGUAAAAUGGAGAAGAAGAAAAAAGCAGCGAAUCCAACAAGUGACGAUUCCGAAUCGAACCUCUGGUCUUUUCUGACUCCAAGGGGCACUACAGCUUCCUUCGUUUGCAUCACUCUCUUUGCAAUUUUAGUCCGAGUAGCAGUAUCAAUCCACCCUUAUUCAGGCGCUGGAACUCCUCCCAAAUACGGAGAUUACGAAGCUCAGCGUCAUUGGAUGGAGAUCACACUCAAUCUCCCUGUUAAAGAAUGGUACCGAAAUAGUACUGUCAAUGAUCUGAAAUAUUGGGGUCUUGAUUACCCUCCUCUUACAGCGUAUCAAAGCUACAUUCAUGGUCUUUUCCUUAGAUUUUUUGAUCCACAGUCAGUUGCACUCUUCACUUCCCGCGGCUACGAAUCUUAUAUUGGAAAAUUGUUGAUGCGGUGGACAGUGUUAUUAUCCGACGUCCUAAUAUUUUUUCCCGCUGUUAUUUAUUUUGUUACUGUUUAUUACUCUGGUACUCAUGACGGGCCGAAAAGUGGUAAUAUGUGGCACUUUGCCAUGAUUUUAUUGAAUCCAUGUCUCAUAUUGAUUGAUCAUGGUCAUUUUCAGUAUAAUUGUAUUAGCUUGGGGUUUACUGUUGCUGCUGUUUCUGCAAUCCUAUCUGAUAGAGACAUUUUUGGUUCUAUCUUGUUCACCCUUUCUCUUAACCAUAAACAGAUGAGUGCCUAUUUUGCACCUGCAUUUUUUGGCUAUCUCUUUGGUAAAUGCUUAAGGCGGCAGAAUCCUUUUCUUGAGGUCUUGAAAUUGGGCUUGGCGGUGUUAGGAACGUUCAUUGUUCUUUGGUGGCCAUAUCUUUAUUCUUUGGAAGCACCUUUGGAGGUUCUUUCCCGCCUAGCUCCUUUUGAGAGGGGCAUAUACGAGGAUUAUGUGGCUAACUUCUGGUGUACCACUUCAGUCAUUGUGAAGUGGAAGAGAUUGUUCAGUACCCAAGCACUAAGGAUUCUUAGUCUUGUUUCAACUGUUUCCACGUGCCUACCCUCAAUGAUGCUGUUAAUAUUGGCGCCAAGCAGAAAAAACUUUCUGUUUGGACUGCUCAGCAGUGCUUUAUCAUUCUACUUCUUCUCAUUUCAAGUUCAUGAGAAAUCUAUUCUGCUGCCUCUUCUUCCAGCAAGCUUCUUGGCGAUAGAUGAGCCUCUUAUUUUUCGCUGGCUAACAUAUUUUGCCUUGCUCUCUCUGUUCCCUCUUCUAAGGCGUGAUGAACUGAUUCUUCCAUAUAUUGCUUUAUAUGGUCUCUUUGUCCUCCUGUACAACGCACCUGUUCAAAGAAAAGACAUAAGGGAGACCCGCUCUCAUUUUACAACUUUAAAAUAUUUUCUCAUCACCAGCUCUCUUCUUCUGCAUAUUGUUUACUUGAUGGUAACUCCACCAAGAAGGUAUCCUUACCUCUUUGAGGCAGUAAUGAUGCUACUCUGUUUCUCUCAGUUCUUUUUUAUUUUUAUGUACGCAAACAUGAAACAAUGGGAGUUUCUGAAGCUUUCUAGUCAAAUAGUUAGAGAAAAGAAAAAUCUAUAGUACUUCGGUGAUUUUCUUGGAGUACAUUUUUGGAAGGGCCAUAUAGUUGUUUCCACAGAGAAUCUUUAAAUGGAAGAUUUUAGUUUCACUUCCAAAUAGGAAAGAUGCUUAUAGUUUCAAGUCUGCGUAACACUUGUGAUUUACCUUGUACGGCUGAGCAUAGCAGAACUAGUAGGAGGCCACUCUCUCCUAUUUUAGCCCAUUUCAUGUGGAUUUUGAUUGGCCUUAUCUCAAUUUUCAUUAUUUUCGAGUUA